AUGUCCAACUCACUAGAUCUAACAAUCUGCUCGACCUGCGGAACACAGUAUCCCACAACAUCCGAAUCAACGUGUAAAAUCUGCGACGAUCCGAGACAGUUUAUUCCUGCUACUGGACAAUCCUGGACAACACUCCGCAUCCUCCAAACCACAAAACAAUAUCACAACGAAUUCACCCCAGACACAAUCCACAAGAAUCUAAUUUCCAUUCACACAGUCCCAAGAGUGGCCAUCGGGCAACGGGCCCUUCUCUGUCGUACAGCCACCGGUAAUCUCCUGUGGGAUUGCAUCACCUAUAUCGAUGACGAGACCGUUUCCAAGAUCAAUGAGCUAGGCGGACUGAAAGGGAUAGUUAUUUCGCAUCCGCAUUUCUAUACCACGCAUCUUCACUGGGCGGAGAUCUUCGACUGUCCUGUUUAUCUUGCGCGGGAGGAUAGAGAGUGGGUGGUUUGCCCCGGGGAGAGACAGGUUUUUUGGGAUUCGGGACGGUUGUCGGUUCCUGGGGUGGAGGGUGAUUUGGUGGCUGUGAAGACUGGGGGGCAUUUUCCGGGGAGUUCGGUGCUUUGGUGGAGGUCGUUGGGGGUGUUGUUGGUUGCGGAUUCGAUUGGGGUGGUGCCGAGUGGGAUUUAUCAUGUUGGGAGGUUGCCGGGGACGGUGUCCUUUACUUUUAUGUGGUCUUAUCCUAAUAUGAUACCUCUGCCUCCGAAUGAAGUGCAUAAUAUCUGGAGGGCCGUUAAGGAUUUGGAUUUCGAUGAUAUCCGUGGUGGUUUUAUGGGAACAGAGGUCAACGGCAAUUGCAAACAGCGUGUGCUUGAGAGUGCUCAGAUCUUUGUCAAGUCCAUGGGACAUUUCAACCAUGCAAUUCGUGAGGAACAGUGUCCUUGA